UAUGGAGCAAAAAUUACAAUUGUUAUCUUCCAGCAUUCAAGUUGACCCAAGUAAUCCUUAGAUUCCUUAAAAUUUAAAACAUUUGAAAGUAUUUAAAUAUUGUUUAAUGUUUAGCUUGAAAUAUUUAAUGAAUUAGCUGUAAAUAGAUUGGCUACAGAAUAAUUAGCUUGUAUAUUAUAUGUUAAUAUAAUUAGUACAUUUCUGUGAAUUAGAAGUCACAUAUUUAUUGAUUUCAAGACAAAUUGAAAAUUUUGAAUUAGCAAUAGAAAGAUUAAUGAAAUUUUAUAAUUAAGGUCUAGAAAGCAAAGAAAAAGCUCAUUAUACUGGUAUUUACUUAAUAUAUUUACUAUCCUUUAAUAAGUAAUAAUAUUUAUUAAAUGAAUUAAUAGAUUUGCCUAAUAUUAUUCCCAGAUUGAAUUAUUACCAAAGGAAACAUUUUCAAAUCCAUUUGUUCAUUUUGUACUUUAAUUGGAAUACAAAUUGAGCAUUGGAAGUUAUUCUGAUCUUUUAGGUGAUUAUCAUCCAACAGGUAUUGAGAAUGUAUUCUUAGAAAGAAUUAUGGACACUAUUAGGUAAUUUGAAUUUGUUAAUUUAGAUUAUAAACUGCUUUAAGUGCUAAUGCAUCAUAUAAAAGUUUAACAUUAGAAAAUGCUAUCAAAUUAUUCAAUGUUAAAAGUGUUUAAGAAUUAUAAUAAUUUGCUUAGAAAUAACAUUUCAAAUGGAAAUUUGAUAAUCAUCAUGUUUAUUUUGAUAAUGUAAAAAAUUAAUAUAUUAAUUAAUAUAUAGGUUUAAAAAGUAGAGAAUCCUUUGAAUUCAGAAUUUUUGAUUUAAAAUUCCUUAAGAUAUGUUCAUGAGUUUGAUAAAAUUAUAUGA